UUAUUUUGAAGGUGUGACCGGAUAUGGGGUCUUUUAUUUUUCUCCUUUAUGUUGGUAUUCGACCUGGGCCGUGAGGUUACGGAGGAUCCAGGACUACCUUUGACUUCUUUAGUGAGAACCAGUCAGUCUGCUGUUGUUACUCCUGUAAUAUCUUCGGAUUAUAAUCCUCGACAAUCUGCUGUUCGGCCUGUUUUAAUCUGACUGCUGUAACAGACUGACCUCCUGAUGGCGGCUGUGAGGAGCAGCAUGAACAAACUGUAUGGACUCUGUUUCCAUCACGCAGCUGGACUGAAGGCACCGAGACUGCUCCAGAACCGAGCCUUCAGAGUCGGGGUGAGAACAGAACCGAGACUUUAGUCCUGUUAGUGAGAUAGUCCGGAAUAAACAACGAUAAAGGUCUUUAAAGACGUUAAAAAGGAGCACAGGAGCCUCGUAAACUGAGGCCUAACGCCAAAUAACGUGAGGUUAUGUUAAAAUGAUGAAAGACAAAGUGUAAAUAUUGUUUUAAAAGAUGAAAUUAUUCUGUUCGGGUCGGGAGUAGAGAUGGUUAAUUGUAAAGGAUUCCUAAAAUCGCGAGGUUUCAUCUGUUAUCGCGAUAGGAUUUAAGUCAGCUACGUUAACCACCAACCUGUCAGGUACAAACACACACAGAGCAACGACCUGUAGACAAACUGUUGGUCCUAAACUUCUUUAAAUUAAAGUGUUUAACAGUCAAAGGUACAGGUGACUCUUUUACUCUCGUUCGUGUUUGUUUGUUGAGCCAAAAAGCCGGCUGCAAUCUGAGCCUGCUUCACUCUGAUUGGACGAGAGAUGGGGCGUGAGGAGGACACUUCCGGGGUUUUAGUCAGAAUAAAAAAAAAACUCCACCUGCUGUUUAUUAAAGGUGUCAGUUUAUAUCUAUGUAUCUAAUAACAAUAUCAUAACUUGGAUCAUUUUCUGUGAUUAAAACAGAAAAUGUCGAGUUUUUACAUUUUGACUGUUUUCUAUUAAACCUUAAAUAUCCUGUUAAUGUUUCUGAAAAUGAUGAUGAUAGUGUUUACACUGUUGAAAUAUGAUGAACCAAAGAGCAAAAACUACGACAGAGUAUUAGGGCCACAUUAAAAAAAACAAUAAUAAUAACACUUCGAGAUUAAAGCCAUUAAUUUACAAGAAUAAAGUAAUAAAUUAAGUACCUGCGAGGAUAAAGACAGAAUAAAGUCUUUUUUUUCUAACCAUUAUAUUGUUUAAGUUGACAGUUGUUGAAAUAAGAGCCAUUGAGCAUUUUCUGAAAAUAAAAAUCAAUAUUUUUAUAAUUUCUCAAACAAGGAGAAACUUUAUCUUUUGGCACAUCAGCACCACAUUAUCAUAAUUAUCAUAAUGAUUUUAUUAAGACUUUAUUCUCAUUAGUAAUGACUUUGUUCUCCUAAUGAACAAUUUUAAUCUCAAAGUCUUUUUUUUUUUUUUUAUGCUGCCCUAAUAUUUCAAAUUCAACUUUAUUUUUAUGUCACUUUUCAGACAAAAAAUGCAGUUCAAAGUGACUCAGAGAGGCCAAAAACAACAAUUAAACAAUAAAAUCCUCACUCACACACUCGCACAUACACACACACAAGCGCAAACAGUGUGAGAACUUAAGAACUUAUAUAUUGUUAGAGAGACAUGACCUGACACCUAGACAUGAUGUGAGGAAAGAGCUACAUUUGGGAAACACUGGAGAUAAAAGAUAAAAAUGGUAAAAGGAAAGAGAGUAAAACCUGAUGAACUAAAACAAGAAAAAAAUAUUAACUGAACAGAUAAGUAAGAGCUCUUUACCAUAUAUAAGGGGUAAAAGAAGUAAAAACCUCUAUUACAGGAAUUCAGAAAAAGACUAAGAAAAGAGACAUUUAAUAAAAUGAUGUAAAAUAAACAUGAAGAACUUUGAUUAAAAUGAAAAUUUGCGAUCAGAAAAAUAUAAAAAGAUAAUUAGUGAUAAGCCGGGUUAAAAAGGUGAGUCUUCAGCCUCUUCUUGAAAACAUCAACAGUCUCUGUGUCACUCCGUAAUAAAAAGAAAAAAACAUUUACACAGAUCUUUUUUGUGGUUGCAGAAGGGUGUUGAAAGAAGUAAUAACUGUAUUUGCGGUAAAAUGAUUCAUAAUCAUGUUCCACUUAGUCUUGGUGAACUUUUGUUGACUUUCUCUGUCUUUGUGGCGUCUGGUGUUUCUCUUUUUUUCAUAGUCUGCUGUUGAAAUAACUUCUUCAUUUACUCCUCCAGGCUGUUCACCACCAGCAGCCGUUCGACUCAUCCCUGGAAAAGCCACAGUUUCCUGGAGCCUCAGCUGAGUUUGUUGAUCACCUCGAGUUCAUCCAGCCCAAUGUUAUCUCUGGAAUCCCAGUGUACCGGGUGAUGGACAGACAGGGGAACAUAAUCAACCCUUCUCAGGACCCGCAGGUAAAACUAACUCACCUAACAAACCACGUCAUUGAGGGUUCAAUGAUGUGAGUUUUUGCUAAAAUGUUUUUUUUUGUUUGUUUUCAGCUCUCCAAAGAGACGGUCUUGAACUUUUAUCAGAAGAUGACUCUGCUGAACACAAUGGACCGCAUUCUCUACGAGUCUCAGAGACAGGUGUGUUUUCUUAUAGCAGUUACUGAUUUAACCCUGGGGCGGCUCAAAGCUGAUUACGGGUUUGUUAAAUUGUCUGUUUUAGGGUCGAAUCUCCUUCUACAUGACCAACUACGGUGAAGAGGGGACACACAUCGGGAGUGCUGCUGCUCUGGACCCAAAUGACCUCGUCUUUGGCCAAUAUAGAGAAGCUGGUAAGUGUUUGAGAAGAAUAGUUUUCAGGUUCUACGGAGGUAGCUCUCCUUAGGAUUGCACUUAACCCAAUAGUUAGUGUUUUUGUAAUAUUGCUGCAGGAAUUUCAGAACUUGUUAAAAUGAUUCAGCAUGAAAAUCAGUGAGUUUGUGAUCUCGUUUUGAAGCAAAAGCAGAAAAAAAAACUUCACAACCUGAGCAUGAACCCUUGAAAUGAGUCUAGAAAGAGGUGCAAAUGUUUAACAAAAUGAUUUUAAAAGGGAAACAGAGCUGUCAGGAUUAGUUUUGGAUUCAGAUACUUCAGAUACAUCAUCACAUAAGGAAGAGUACACAUCUCUAUGAUUCGUUUUGACAGCAGUAUCCAGGAUUAAACGCUGUGAUCUUAUUCAUACAUUUGCUGUAGAGCUGCAGGUUUCAUCUGUGCUUUAAACUUUAUCAACUACACAUCACUUCAGAAGAACUUCCACCUUCUACCAGAACUUCUUCUGAAUUUCUGAAGAGCCCAUCUUCAUUGUCUAACUUCCCUUAUUCUGUUCUUCCUCUGAAGUAACGCUGUGCAACAUGCUUUCUCUACUUCUUGCUGCCAUCUUUGUGUUUCCUCUGGACCUCUGCUCCACUCUGUUGCUUUCUUCUGUAUCCAUGUAACCUCUUCACUAAUGAGUUCCCUGGGUAUUAACGUUGUCAUAACUCCCUGCAGGAGUGUUGAUGUACCGCGGUUUUCCUCUGGAUCUGUUCAUGGCUCAGUGCUACGCCAACGCAGACGACCUCGGAAAGGGCCGGCAGAUGCCCGUUCACUACGGCUCCAAGGAUCUGAACUUUGUCACCAUCUCCUCUCCUUUGGCCACUCAGAUUCCACAGGGUGAGUUCUAAACACGUGUUUAAAACCCGAGGACAAAUACACACGAGUAGAUGUGUAUUCAUACCUCGUAUGUUUGUUUCAGCUGCUGGAGCUGCUUAUGCCGUCAAAAGAGAAAACAUCAACCGAGCUGUAAUCUGUUAUUUUGGGGAGGGGGCCGCCAGCGAAGGGGACGCACACGCCGGCUUCAACUUCUCAGCCACCCUGGAGUGUCCGCUGAUAUUCUUCUGCCGUAACAACGGUUAUGCCAUCUCCACCCCCACCAACGAGCAGUACAGAGGAGAUGGCAUCGGUGAGGAGCCGUCUUCUGGUCUUGUGAAGUAUCUGUUUCCAAAUCCUCAGCUGCUGUCGUGUAAACAUGUCCCUAUCCUCUCUUAAUGAACAGCUGCUCGUGGUCCAGGUUACGGCAUGCUGUCAAUCCGCGUCGAUGGCAACGAUGUCUUCGCUGUGUACAACGCUACUAAAGAGGCGCGCCGCAGAGCUGUGGCUGAGAACCAGCCCUUCCUCAUCGAAGCAAUGACCUACAGGUGAGCUGACCCUGAGGGGGCAAAAAUGAACUCUACCUUACCCCCAAUUUCCACCUUCAUCCUGAUCGUCUCCUAAAAGGUCAUAUCCUCUGAUCGUAACCAUUCAAGUUAACGUGUCAAUUUACACCGACUUCUUUCCGUUCCACUGCGGAUCACAAGAGUUCUAUUUUUUCUGGACGCCGGAGCAUGGCGGAUAAAUUCAGCACAGAUUAACCCGCGCUGGAAAGGAAGUCGGGCACAGACACAAAAUAAAACAUCCGGAGGAUCGUAUUUCACACCAUGCAAACGGGCGGAGACGAACAAGUGAAAGGUUUUUAGACGUCAUUUCACCCCGAUGACACCAUGGAUGAGGAGAUGCUGAUUCUAGAAGUCUAGAAGUAGAUUUCCUCCUCUGGAAGGACACAAUCUACGGCUUAUAUGGUUAGCCUCUGUGGUUAGAAACAACUCGUUAUCGCGCGAUUGAACGUGAUUACUGCUGUUUGUAAUCCGCCACGAAAUUGGCCUCACCAACAGAUUCGGUAGGAAUUGGUGGACUGAUCGGAGCUGUUCCGAAUUGGGGGUUAGUGUCGGAUCUACGCUGUAGCUCUGCUCAGAAAACAAUGCUGACUGAAUCCGAGUUUAUUAUGUUCGAUUUAGAGCUAAAAAUGGGAAGUAGAGGUAGAUUAUGCUGCGAAUAUAACAAAAAAGAAAAGUGAGUUCACAUCAGAGGAGGCAGAUUUAAAGGCUGCUGAGACAGAGGAUGGGGGACUGAUACCGGAAAUAUCUACCACUAAGCAGACCAGCGACCACUGACAGGAUUUGCUAUCUGGGUCGGUGGUCUUCUGAAGAGGUGCAGAGCUAUAAUGGCCUGUCUACGUUCUGGUUACUAAUGUGGGUUCAUUCUAGUUUUUAACUUAAUUAAAAUUAAACCAGUCUAGUCUAAUGUAAAUAUAGAACCUAAUAAAAAGCUUCCUAUAAACAGUGGCUUUGACUUUUUAAGUCAGCAGUUAUGUUGUGGGUAAAGUGUCUCAUGAAUAAGAAAACCACAUCCUUUAAGUGUCUGCAGUUAUUUUCAGUGUCAACAUACGACCUUCAGCGCUGCUCCGGGGUCAUUCAUUAACAUUCAAAAUAAAUAAUAGUUUGAUUUGAAGUCGCUGCCCUGAAAAUGCUCCCCAUAAAAGGGCAAAUGGAGGAUAAUGAUUCUGUUGUGUCUCCAGGAUCGGUCAUCACAGCACCAGCGACGACAGCUCAGCGUACCGUUCAGUAGACGAGGUGAACUACUGGGACAAACAGGACCAUCCCAUCUCCAGGCUGAGACACUACAUGACGACACGCGGCUGGUGGAGCGAGGACGACGAGAGGAGCUGGCGCAAACAAUCCCGCAAGACGGUCAUGGAGGCCUUUGAGAGGGCUGAAAAACGCCAAAAACCCAAUCCUGAACUGCUGUUUUCAGACGUGUACGAGGAGAUGACCCCCGCUCUGAACAAACAGAAGGAGGCCUUGUCGCGUCACGUGCAGCAGUACAAAGAGCACUAUCCACUCGACCUGUUUGAUAAAUACCUGCCCUGAGAAGGUGGAACAGGAUCUCGGUUGGUGAAGAUUAAGACUCGGAUAGAAGUGCUGCACACUCGUAGCUCUAGUCACAAAAUCAUAGUUUUGAUAUGACAAGUCAUCUCUUCCUUCACAUCCGGUGGGGGAGAGGGGAAGAUUGUGCUUUCAGAAAUAUCUACUACAUGCCUCUGGGUUUGGUGCCUUAAGUUAUAAUAGAUCGACUGUCAGUUAUUAAGCUCCUCUUGAAGUGCUCAAUCACAAUUUAACCACUUGAACUUCACAAAUGACCUUUUUUCAAGUGCAGUGAGAAAACGUUUGUUGUUGUUUGACUACAGAUGCAGAAAAUAGAAACCAAUAAUCCAAGCAAUAAACCGCUACAGUUUAACCCCCUUUGUGUAGGUGUCCCCUCUCUGUAACGGUCUGUUUAGGUGGUCGUGGUCUUUUAAAGGCAUCCUUGUGUAUCAUUAAGGUGACUAAUUCAACUUUCCUGUGGUGGUGGGUUUUUAGUGUACAUACUCAAAGUUGAAGUGGGUUUGUAUGCUGUAAUGCUGUUACACACUCAUUAACAAAGUGGGAAAUCCCUGUAGGGUUCGUGUUUUAUGUUUGCUGUUUUGAGGAAAAUAAAGUGUGUCUGUUGAAAUAGUUUCUGUGUGAUUUCUUUUAUUCAAACUCAUUAGAAAACAGUCAUUGAGUUAAUGAUGAGAGAAUACAUGAGUGAAAUAUCCUCGUCCUCCACAGUGAAAGUGGCUGCGUUCAUAGUCUCGCUCCAAGCAUAACUCUGCAUGUUUAAAGGUGGGGUGGUCAGGAUCUGAGGAAGUGCCAUUUUUUUAGGAGAAAUCUUAAAUGUAAACUCUACCCCUCCCAAGCCCCGCCCACAAACAGACGCUCCUGCUCGCUCGUAUCGUUCCAAUUAAAUUCAGAUACAAUGCAGAUAAAUACUUCAGAUCAUUACAAAUGGGGCCCAGUCAAGGUGAAAGUCAAAAGCAUUGGUGCUACUGUAGAUGCCAACAGAAAACACAAUGUUUGCAGGACUUCUACAACGAGGAUAAAGUGACAUAGUCCAGGACCCGAGGGAGGACAGUUUAGCGAUGGCGCUACAACACGCUACAGCAGGUCCGUUUGACAAGAAACACUUCUGUUACAGACACUUGUCUUACUUUGUUAAAGCGGUUUACCUGUCCAGCAGAAAGGUUACAGGGUCACCAAGAUCCCCAAGCGUCCCCCAUCGUUUAUGUUGACCCGGCUUUUUAGCUCUUGUCCGGUCUACCUCCGUUUUAAGCGCCCGUUAUUCCUCCAGAAUCUCCGGUAUUUACUUUGUUUUCUUGCUUGUGUCGGCAGUCGUGGCUAAAGGAGGAUUCAGACAAUUUUCCGAACUUUCUGGUUGGUUUCUACUGUCCGAUAUUGUAGCACGCUAACUUUGUUUGGGCUCCUGAACGACACGGGGGAGCAGCGUCUGCCUCACAACCAAUCAGGUUAGAGGAGGUGGAGAACGGCUUUGUUUACAGUCAGAAAGAGCGGACCACUCAGAAUUUCAAAUGUUGACUACACAGACAUAAGUACGAGGGAGUAUUGGGGCCACAUUAAGAAAAAAAAUUAGGACUUCAAGAUUAAAGUCAUUAAUUUACGUGAAUAAGUCAUGACUCACAAGAAUAAAGUUGUAGUAAAUCAUACCUUAGAAGAAUAAAGUCAUAAUUAACUACUACUACUACUAUACUCAUGAUAACGUGGUGCUGAUGUGUCAAAAGAUAAAGUAUCUCCUUGUUUGAGAAACAUAUAUUGAAGUACAUUUUCAGGAAAUGCUCCAUGGCUCUAAUUUCAUCAACAUUAACAAAAGGUUUGAAUAUAAGGACUUUAUCCUGACUUUACUCUCUUGAGUGAUUACUUUAUUACGACUUUAUUCUCUUAAGUAUUUUAUUACGACUUUAUUCUCGAAGUCUUACAUCUUUUUUCUUAAUGUGGCCCUAAUACUCCGUCGUACAUAGGAGAACACAGCGACUGAUAUAAAAAGCUUUUUUUAUAUAUACACCACAAAAAAAAGAUGCUUUAACCUGCCUACCCCACCUUUAAUAUUGGCUCAGCAGCUCACAGUAAAAAAAACCUUCAAAUCCGACUAAAAUAUCUUGAAAAUGUACAAACAUUAGAUGAAAAAGUAGCUCCUCUUUUACUCCUGCCCUGUUUAACAAGUCAGAAAAGGGCUGUGGAUGCCCCUCCACAGCCUCUUUAUCUCCUGCGGGGAGCGUUUGUGAAUCAAGAUGAGAUCUUUAUGGACGCACACAUUCUCACGGUCCGCCUCUUUGAGGUCAAAGGUGUGGAAGCCGGGGUGUAUCUCAGGAGAAACUCCUAUGGCUUUAAAACACAUCCCUGUGUAGACGUCAUCGAUGGGGUAGAAAGGGAUAACAUGUGAAACUGAAUAAAGGGGUCUGAGUAGAGCUCCAGAAAUAAGAAGUCCACCUCCCCCGACGUACGCAGGGUAAGGUCCGUCAUAGAAGCUGAGAGGGAUGUAAUAUUUGCUUUUCGGGUCCCUGAUUGGACUUGCUGUGCUGAUGACGUGUCCACUAUACAACUUAGAGGCUUUUGUUGAAUCCAGAGACUGCAGGUAGCUGAGUAAGAGCGGUGUGUUGACAAAUACGUCAUCAUCUCCACUAAAAACAAAGUUCACAUGUGCACAGUGUUGAAGGGUCCACUGCAGGAGCACGUUCAUCUUCAGCGUCAGGUUUAGGAAGGAUUCCUGGAAGUCCCACUGCAGGAUGUCCCCAAAGAGUUGGGAUUCAAACGACAGGAGUGGGCUGAGGUCGGGGUCGUCGGCUUGGUGACUCCCCAUGAGGAACACUGUGCGAACUCUGAGCCCACUCUGCUUCACCCCCUCCUCCCCCCAGGUCUCCCGCACAGCCUGCCGCCGCUCAAAGUGUCCAGGAGUCGACUUGAUGGCAAAAAGCAGCAACUUCUCACCGUUCUUAUCCCCACCGGCAGAGACGCACUUCUUAGGUACGUUGAUCAGGACUGGCGGGGUCCUGCAGCCCAUGCCCUGCACAAAGUCCUGGAACAGGAAGUUGUAUAAAUUGAAGUCGUGCACAUUGAGUCUUAAAACCUCUUGAUGUACCACCUUACAGCUCGACCAAUCAGAGUCACGUCUGGAAGAAUUUCCUCCAAUGCCCUGAUUCUUGAGCGCCGAGUACAGCAGACGGUUCCAGUAUGCUCCAUUUUGAGGUAUGGCCUGUUUAAAGCUGUCAGAUAUGUUUUGAACUUCGAGAUGAGGCACAGUGAUGCUCUCCCGGACCUGGACCUGGUUCUGGACCUGGUCCUGAACCUGGACCUGGACCUGGUCCUGGAUGCUCAGAGGCCCCUCUGUUGGUUUUUUGUUAAUUGCAGCUCUGUGACUGUGGGUCAUCUCCAGAUGAAGGGAGGAGUAGAAAAAGACCAGCAGCAAAGAGACCAGGAGAAUCAUGGCAAUGAAGCUUCGUAAGUUUCUCAUUGGUUCGAGACGGUCCGGGUACCUGGUGUAUUCUGGUCUUUAGGUUUAUGUGGACCCUCCCAGGUGAAGCAUGGGACGUACCUGAAAAUUAGAGGUGGAACAAUUCACAAUCAAAUCAAUGUACUACACACCUGACCUUCAGCGGUGAUGUUUUUGACCGAAGUUGGAGACCAAAUAUAAAGGCGGCACAUUUACUCAAAUAACACCUAAUACCAAGAUUUAAAGGGAUAUUCAGGCGUAAAAUUAAGUUAGGGUCAAACACACCAUAACAUCGAGUUAGACACGCCCUCCAGAGAUGAAUGUUGUCGACCGCUUGCUUCUCUAGUUUUACCAACUUUAGUAACGACCGCAGGAUAGCAAUACAGAGAGCCACGCCCUCAACCAAAAUGCCACUCUGUAACCACAAAUAAUGCUCAGAACAGCACCUAACUUCAUCAACAGGACAUAUAGGGUCCCAGCCAUAAUACUAGACACCAAACAUCUUUUUAACUUUAAUUUCUUUAGCAAAGAGACUAAACACAACUCACCUACUCUCUUCCAGCAGCCGCUUGUUUGUAGCGAGACCUCAGGCCAGUCCAUUCCGGACUACAGCGGGGUGCCACAGCUCAAGGAAGAACAUUUAUGAUCAUUUCUUCAUUUCUUCAUCAUUUCUUCAUGGAAAUACAAUCAGAGAUGCUAAGACAGAAGAACUACCGCGUCUGCAGAGCAAAAUGAUUAAUAUGAUAAUUAUUACUUCAAGGAAAUGAUAAAGAAAUUAUCAUAAAUGUUCUUCCUUGAGCUGCGUCACCCCGCUGUAGUCCGUAAUGGACUAAUGGACUUAGGGCUGGGUGAGAAAACGAUAAUGACAUAUAUCGAAAAUUAAUUUCCCUCGAUAUCAAUUUAAAACAUGGUCAAUAUGCUUAUCGAUUGUCAGCAUUCUGCCAUGUUUUGGUAGAUUAUAUGAAUAGCCAAUGAAAAGGGGAGUUACUCCGGGUCUGAUUCGUGCUGAACUAAUUGUGCUGAAUUAGAACAAAAUAGCAAACAACUGUGUCGUAGCAGGCAGCAGCUGCACCCAACCAUAGCACUUUAAGCUGACAGCACUGUCGGUGGAAAACAAAGAAAAUGAGUGCUACCCCCGACAGAAAUGACCAUGAAGGCUCAACAGAUGACCACAUCAAUGUCAACGACAACACUGGCGUUAGGAAAACGUCGGUGGUGUGGAGGUAUUUUGUUUUUUUGAGGUCGGACAUGAAGCAGAGUAAUGUGGACUGUAAAUUAUGUCGAGUACAUGUUCUCACAAAGUCGGAGAAUACCUCAAAUCUUUUUCACCACCUGAAGCAGCGCCACGCCGCAGAGCACGCGCAACGCAAAAGGUUACAAACCCCGAGAGGAGCGAGGAGCUGAAACAGACGAACAUUCAGUCCGCUUUACGACAAAAUGUCAAAGAGACACAAAGACCUCACAGAUGCGGUAGAUUAUUGAAUUGCAAAAGACAUGCUACCAAUAAGCACUGUUAAAUAUCAUUUUCUAUAUCGUGAUAUAUAUCAAUGUUGACUGAUAUGGAAAUAUAUCGUGAUAAACUUUUUCCCAUAUCGCCCAGCCCUAACUGGAUUUCUUUGCCCACAGAUCAUCAGAUAGGGGCCUGUAUGUUCCCAAAGCUAUGAUAAAACAGGUGAAGGUGCGUUUGGUAGAAGAAUAGCUUCUUGUAUUAAUUGUUUGUAACCUCGUUUUAAGAUAUUUCAGGACAAGUACUCAUUGUUUCCAGAAACUGAUGUAAUGAACAAAAGUCUUUUCAGGCUUCAAAUCUUUCUGCACGGCCAAGGUAAGUUUGUUUGUAUAACACCAUUCCUAAGUAAGGCAAGUUCAAGGAAAUGAUAUCAACAAUGUGAUUGACACAAUGAAGUAUGAAUAGCAAAACCAACGCGACAGGUUGAGCCAGAACAGGUGCAGAACCCAAACCUCCUCAUACAUCAGAGAGGAAGAGUUGGUUUGGGGAAAAUACACAGAUAUAAAAUCACGAGAUUAAUAAAUUACUUUCUACUUUUUCUCGACAUUAAAUAUCUGUUAUUUUCAUCCUACUCUGACUUAUUUAGCAGCUUAAAAAUCCCAAAACUCAGUGUUUUCAGACGGAGGGGUUAUUUUAGUUCCUGUUUCUCUCUUUAGUACACCGUGUGCAUUUAUAUAAACAGAACUGUAGUUUUUCUCAGACUUGUUGUGUACAGCAGGGACCGUUGAAUUUCUGUUACUUCUUUUAAAUAAAGACACACAGGUGCUGCUGAGUAAACCGGCCUCAGGUGGGCUCUGUGUGCUCAGACAGGCUCGCCUGCAGCGGUUAUCGUCCUGCUGGGAAACUGCAGAAACAUCUCCUCUGUCCUCCCCAGUGUUUAAUUAGCAGCAAACCGGCUUUGAGUAAAUAACGUUCAGGAUCGGACCAAACAGAUCGAGAAAUGCCCUGAACAUAGAAUUCACAAAAAAGUGACAAAUAAGCUUCAUAAUAGAAGUAAAAUAAUAUCGCUCUUUGAUGAACUCAAGUCUCGACCGCGCAAAAUAUUUCUUUCUCACUCAGUUCCUGUCCAAAUCAGUUUUCUUUUUCAUUAUCUUUACAAGAACACAGAGAGAGAGAGAGAGAGACCACUAAUAUGCAUAAUCUUAGUCUAAUUAGCACUUUCAACAAAUUAGACCGAUAAAUACUCACGGAUUAGGAUUAACGCAGUCCGAGGAUUAAGGCAGGAAAAUAGUUUCCAGGAUUUUAGAAACUCCAGCAGACAAACACGGACUUCGACCUCUAUUAGUUUUUAACUCACAACUCCUUGGAGUCAGAGGUUACCUGCGCGUGUCAGGCGUGUAAU